ACACCAAAGAGAAAACAGAGAAAACCUAGCAAUAAAUGGCAGAGACAAUCGAAGACGUAAUCGAAGAAUUCGGAUUCUUCCAUUACCAACCGAUCCACGUUAGUGCAGCGGACCGACCGAUCUACGUAAGGGUAGCGUGCAGCGGUAAGUACAAGCCAGACAAUUUGUGGUACGUGAUUGAGGAGAAACCUUGCAAUCGAUGCGACGACACGGAAGGCCUGUUGUGUUACUCUGACUCUGAUUAUAUCAGACGAAUCUCUGUUCCCGAUUCAGACGUCCGAGAUACAAGCCUUGCCGUCUUAGGCUCUCAUAUAUAUCUGAUUGGCGGAGAUAUCGAUACAGCAAUGAAGAAUGAAGAUAAGGAAAAUAUCGGGUACAAGCACUUUGAAUUAGGGAAAAAUCCUGAAUGGGUGCUUGGUGGUGGGAAAUUGCGAAGUGCACAAUUCGGUGCAGCAGCUGUUGGGCGCGAUGGUUUUAUUUACUCGGUGGGAUAUAACCAAUACCGACUAUCUCCUGACACUGGCAUUCUUAAACAGUUGCCUCAGUUCCCUGUUCCGGCUUGCCUGAUCCGCCGGGAGGCUUGCCAGAUCCGCCGGGAAAGGAAUUACUCGCCGUACGAGUCCCAUCUUCUUGCUCUUACAAAGAGUACACUUUUCAUCUAUGUCACUGUGAGCCUGAAUGCACCCAAUCUCAUGCUUUCAUAUGAUUUGGGGACAGGCAAGUGGGACGAGGGCUACGACAACAUCUCGGGUACAUGGUCUGCCGGAGUGGUGCUUUACGACGACCGCUACCUGUUUGCUUUCGGUACUCAGAAUCCCAUGUCGCUGCCUGCUACCAUGAGUAUGAAGCCUGUUCAGAAGGUGGUUCCGGGAAUAUAUGUGUUUGAUAUUCAACAGCGUAAAUGGCUUCCCGAACCAGUUAAGGGUCUGCCAACUGACGGAAUCACACUCCCCGAAGUUUACGAGACACAUGAUUACGAGAAUGAAGCAGACAUGGACAUGUAUGAGGCUGGUCCCGGUUACACUCCAUACCUGUUUCAAGUCGGAAAGGAAAACGAUCACAAGUUGGCUUUGCUGUGGGACACUGAACGCCCAAAUCCAGAAUCUGGUCUGCCUCAGUGUUUGCUGUAUUGGUCCAAAUUCGUACUCAGUCCUAUUACUAUUGGUACCGCUACUGUGGAUCCUCACUUCUAUGUCAGUUCACUGUCAAAUGGAUUCACUGUUCUUGAUGAGGGGACCUACCGAUUGCUUAAUUGCGCAGCUGGAAUGGAUACUGCCAUACCGGACCAGAGAGAUUUUGAGUUUAAUGAUGCAGUUACAGAACUGAUCUGAGGGUGAACUUUAUUUGCUGGAGAAUAAGGCAGUAUUGUUAUUUCAGGCUAAGGUUUGUUCGGAAUAGUUAACAAGGUAGCUCCCUACAACAAAUCAUCAGCACUCGGUUAAUUAUCACAAUACGAAGCCGCAAGACAACAAGUAGCUCCCCGAAAUGAGAUAAAAAGUAAAAAAGACAUUACGGAUAUCGAGCCGAAGCUGCAAUGCGAGGCUGUGAUCAGUGACUUGCUUCAACAGACUAGAACUAGCGAGCAUCAGAGCAUAGGGAGUCAUGGCAUUGUCGAGAAUGUAUUGGCAUUGCGAAAUGUAUUCAAUGUUGACAGAAAAGCAUUUGAGAGUGUUUUCGGCAUGGGCUCGUUCUACCGAGUCCUGCGAAUUGUACAACCUCUCACACAAAGCCUCCAGUUGCCUUAACCCCUCCAUCUCUGCACACACACACACAAACUAUCAUCAAUCAAAGCUUCAUAUCAUAACCACAGAUUGCUUUGCAAAAGCGCAACAGCAUCGAUUUUCAACCAAAUUUUUGUUCAUCGGUUCCGCAGAAAAAAGGAACGGACUCACAAGUAUUCAUCAUCAAACAAUUUCACAGAUGAAAGCAAAAGAAAUGAAGAAAACACAGUUCUGAAUCCAAAAACGAAUGAGAAGAGAAUCAAAGCAAUGCCACAAGUGACGGAAAUGAUUGUGAUAAGAACGAAGUGGAGAGUAGAACAGUU